UGCUGGGUUAUUCAUUCUAUUGUACUGGUUGAACCUGUGAUGGGCAAAAAGUGUUUCGUUCCGUGUUGCACGGCCGGGCGCAAGUCGUGUCGGGGGAAGUACUCGUUUUGUGCCCCGAAAGACGACGGGCGUCUCGAACUUUGGUGACAUGCCAUACCGCGGAAAGAUCUCCUGCUUCAAGCAACGGACAGUGUUUGCGAGAGACAUUCCGAGCCGCAUUUCUUGACUAAAGCGUGGACUGCUGAGUACAACGGCCAUGUACUGAUGAGCAUACCAUUACGAGCAUCACUGGCGCGUGACUCUGUUGCCACAAUAUUUCCAGAUUGCCCGACCUACCUCUCAACAAGAUCAAAUAGGAAGCGGCCCGCUUAAAGGCAGCUAUUGGCGCCAGCAAAAAAUGUUGGACUGUAUAGCAGCGGACAUCAGUGAGCUAGGAAAAAGAUGUGAGAUAAUUGUUCUAGGAGACAUGAAUGCGCAUGUUGAAGAUAUGGAUGGGUACACAGACUUCACAGCGCUUCAUGACUGCUGGAGGCACUCCCUGCAACCGCUUGGCUGUACGUGACCGUAGCCACUGGUCGAGCACCCAAGCAGAAUCGACCUAACACACGUGGCACCAUGGCUGACAUAUUCAAGGGCAAACCUGUAAUCAAGAAGAACGGCAAGUCAUUUCCGGCCAACCAGACGCUCUAUGACAAGCAGUUCAUCUGCCUCUACUUUGCCGUGCAGUGGUGUCCACCGUGCCGCAUGUUCACACCCGUCCUGGCCAACGUCUACGAGGAUGCAAAGAAGGAUAACCUGAUCAUCGAGGUCCAAGAAGGCCCAGCCUUUCCAACACUCGAGCUCAAUCACGGCUCCUUCAAGCAACACAAUAAAGGGUGAUGUCAACAUGUUCGUGGCUUUGGUGUUCCACCAGUCACAUAACUCAUCUAGGUGCUGGUCGGGGACCACUUCCCGAGCACCACGAAGCAGCAGUGCCCUCCGAGGCCCAGAUCCACGCCGAAGGCUACAGCCGAGGUCCCAUACCAAUUCACCACGGCCGAGAAGCGUGGGGAAAUCUGUGGACAACGCUCAGGGAGGAGACAAAAGACACUCACACGUAGUGACACAACCUUGAUUUUAAAGAAACAAAUAAAAAGAAAACACCCACACAAAUUGUACUGGUAUAGAGUGUCCUUCAAUCACUGUGAUUUCAUUUAAAGGUACAAAUAAAGAGAAACACAGAGUGAAA